UGGUGCGGACACGUACUCUGAGAGCAGGGAAUUUUAAUUUGACCCCGAUCCUGGGAAUUAUUGAUCUGGAUGCAGCAGCAAUGGCACUUCAGAUGAUUAAGUGGCGGUACAUACUUAUUCGUCCUAGGCCUAGACAAAGUUUUUAUAGUGGAGUUAAAGUGUUGAAUUUUUCUUCUUAUAACCCUCGAGAUAACGCUUCUUCGUCACUGCAUCGUUUUUCAAGCAGUUCAUCAACCGAGAAGUACACUCAUAGCUAUGUCCACAAGUUGAGCACUGGGCCUUUAGUGGGCAAGACAAUAGGAAAUUGUUUAGAAGACACUGCCAAUAGGUUUCCGGAACGUGACGCUGUAAUAUUUUGCCGUGAUGGGGUACGCCGAAACUUUGCCACAUUGAAGGAAGAGGUUGACAAAAUUGCUGCAGGACUCUUGGCAAUUGGUAUCAAAAAGGGGGAUAGAGUUGGAAUAUGGGGGCCAAGCACCCUAGAGUGGGUGUUAACACAGUUUAGUACAGCACGAUUUGGAGCUAUCCUUGUGAACAUUAACCCAGCUUACAGGACUGAGGAGUUAAAUUAUGCUUUAAAUAAGGUUGGUUGUAAAGCAAUUGUUUCAGCAAAGACUUUCAAAUCUCAGGAUUACUACAGUAUGUUGUCAGAAAUAUGCCCCGAGCUGGAGACUGCAAUGCCAGGGGAUCUACAAAGUAAAAGAGUUCCAAGUUUGAAGUCAGUUAUCAUGAUGGGUGACGAUGAUUUCCCUGGAUCUUUAAAGUUCAAUGACCUUUACACUAUGGGAACAUCUGAGCAUUUUAGUAUAAUCGAGGACUGCAAAACAACCUUACAAUUUGAUGAACCAAUCAACAUACAGUUUACAUCUGGAACGACAGGAAAUCCAAAAGGUGUCACUUUGAGUCAUCAUAACAUUGUCAACAAUUGUGUCAUUGUUGGACGGCAGUUGGACUAUCAUUUAAAGCAUCAUAAGAUAAGCAUACCAGUACCACUGUACCAUUGCUUUGGGAUGGUUCUUGGUAGCCUGGCUACAGCCGUCCAUGGUGCAACUGCCAUAUUUGGCUCUCCAAGUUUUGAACCGGAGGCUACACUUCAAGCUAUCCAGAAUGAAAAAUGUACAUCUCAGUACGGUACCCCGACCAUGUUUAUUGAUAUGCUGCACCACCCAAACUUCGACCAAUAUGACCUGACCUCUCUGACAACAGGCAUCAUGGCAGGUUCACCUUGUCCAAUCGAAACUAUGAAACAAGUCAACACAAAGAUGCACAUGAAAGAUGUUACGAUUUGCUAUGGUUUGACGGAGACAAGUCCUGUAACGUUCCAGUGCGAGAUGGAUGACCCAAUCGAGAAAAGAGUAUCAACCGUUGGUAGGCCCUCACCACACAAUGAGGUGAAGGUUAUUGACCCUGACACAGGUGCAGUCUUACCAAUCAACACACCCGGAGAACUAUGUAGUCGUGGAUAUACAACGAUGUUGGGAUAUUGGGAAGAUGAGGAGAACACAAAGAAAGCAGUUGAUGGUAACAGAUGGUUCCACACAGGUGAUCUUGCAACUAUUGAUGAAGAGGGAUUUGGAAAGAUUGUGGGACGCAUAAAGGACCUGAUUAUCCGAGGUGGUGAGAACAUUUACCCAACGGAGAUUGAGCAGUUUCUUUACAAGCAUCCAAAGAUAGAAGAUGUUCAGGUGAUUGGUAUUCCUGAUGAGAGACUUGGUGAAGAGGUCUGUGCAUGGGUGAAAUUGAAGGCCGACCAAACGGCAACUGAAGAGGAAAUCAAACAAUUCUGUAAAGGAAAUAUCUCUCACUUCAAAAUACCGAAAAUAAUCCACUUCGUUGAUUCGUUCCCAUUGACAGUAACUGGGAAGGUUCAAAAGUACAUCAUGCGGAAGGAAAUGGAGACAUAUGCCAAAAAAUAAAACUUGGACUAAAUUGAUAAGCAAUCCGAUCGUGAUACCAUGAUGGUGAUAAAGUCAAGAAAUCAUUCAGUAUCAUUUAAAAAAAAAAAGAUUGGAAUAAUUAAAAUGGCUAUAGAAUUAUAGUUUAUGAAUUAUAGAUUUUUUUUUUCUUAUCAAGUGUUAACAUACAUAAAUUAAAGAAUUUAUUGGACCAAAUUGAUGAUCAAUAAAUCAUGAUACCUUGAUGAUAAUAAAGUAGAAAAUAAUUCAGAAUAAUUAAAAACAAAAACAAGUUGAAAUAAUUAAAAUGGCUAUUGAAUUUAUUUCAUGAUGAUUUUGUUUGAAACAAUAUAUUAAUCAACUUGAAGUUACUAAAACAUUUAAAUAAAUAAAUGGUGUGGCUGUGUUAGCCUGCUAUAGAACAAUAUAAGAACUAACAACAGCAGUUUUAAGACGAACUAUAAAAUGUAUUUGCUCCAGCUUUCGUCCACACAGUGGACUGUACAAAUGGGAUAAGUAACAACUACUGUUUAAUAUACACCAAAGAUUAAGAGGGGAGGUAUUACAACAAAGUAUGUAAAUGUGGUAGAUAAUACCUUAAAAUAUUUUAAGAAUCUGCUCAUAGAUCUUAAGUUCUGUCCAGAUGAUUAUGAUGUCAUCAUCAUUACCAUAUUUAGGAAUGCAACAUGUUUUUGUCAAAUAAAAUUUGAUAGUCUAAACAGGGCUUAAAAGUUCCAAAAUUGUAUUUGAUAAUCAAGUUAUUAUUCAAAAUCAGGGAGAACGUGUACAUAGCGUUUUUGAAUUAAUUAAAUGACCAUGUAAUCUAUAUGAAUUAUUAUUACUUUUGCAUAAUUGUAUUUCUUCUUGAAACUCGCAUAAAAAUAUUAAGACCAACUAUAUCAUACUUUAAAAUUUAAUCAUUGAUGUAAAGGUUACAAUGUCAAUAUUGUUAAUGUAACAUAUACUAAUUCAGAGUCUUUCAAAGUGCACUUAGUUUUUGAAUUAAUUGAAUGACCAUGUUAAUAAUGAUAAUAAUGUAAUUCUUCUUGAAAUUGACAUACCGUAAAUGCUCUAUUAAGCGCCGAGUUUUAAUUGCAAGGUAUACAGUGUUAAAAUGAAUAAAUAACACAGUGAAGACACAAACAUUUGUUUAUGAACGUUUAUGACGAAGGACUUAUGAUAGAGCUACUGAACUACGGGAAUAUGUGAGAUAGGUAAAAGGGCAUGGAAAGCGCCACGCCAAUACUUUUUAUAAGCGCCGCUCUCGAAUAAGCUAGCUACGCGGCGCUUUCGAACAUUUACGGUAAAAGUAUUAAGAGCAAGUAUAAAACUUCAAGAUCUUGAUCAAGGGUCUGUAAGUUCCAGUGUUUGUUACUGUACCAUGAGCAAUAAAAUUAUAUUUUCUUAUGUUGAAUA